CGUACAUCCGCCGGACCUUCCCAGUGUGACACUCCGCAGUAGUAAACAGUGCUAGCAGCGUUAGCAUGGUUAGCUCGGUGCAGCAGACGGUUGUGUUGUGGUGUCGCAGGUAAAUGUUCUCUAGUUGGAGGAGGAACGAUGUCUUCGGUCCAGCGGCUGGUCAGCGGGCGGCUCCCUGCGGCUUUUGAAGACGUUUUCCCGGUGUUUGAGAAGACUGUGGUCCGGCAGGAGGAGGUGGACCGUCAGAGCAGACUGCUGGAUGUCAGCUGGCAGCCCGAAAUAAAGCUGCACAGAAUCGACCGCCAAUGUGACUGUAAGGAAAAGACGGUUCUUGCUGACCAGCAUCUCUACAAUGAGGACAGGAACUCUAGUCCGGAUCCAAAGGAAUUAAAGUGUCCUCAUAUUAAAGAGGAACAGCAGGAACACUGCACCAGUCUAAACCAUGAAGUAUUCAACUGUUGGCAGAUUAAAGAGGAACAGGAAGAACUCUGCACCAGUCUGAAAAUGGAGGAACCAGAUAAACCGCAGUUUAAAGAGGAAAGGGAGGAACUCUGCACCAGUCUAGACCAGGAAGAACCAAAGUGUCCGCAGAUUAAAGAGGAACAGGAGGAACUCUACACCAGUCUGAAAAGGGAGGAACCAAAUUCUCCCAAGUUUAAAGAGGAACAGGAGGAUCUUUAUAUCAGUCUGUACAAGGAGGAGCACAAUUUUCCACAGAUUAAAGAGGAACCUAUAGAAUUUUACAACAGUCUGGAGCAGGUGAAACCAGAGUCUCCACAGAAUAAAGAGGAACAGGAAAAACUAUUCACCAGUCAGGAGGAAGACAAGCUUGUACUAAGGCAAGAGACUGACAGCCCUCUGGUGACUUCUACUCAUGAAGAAAGUGAUGAGCAUGCCAACUCAGGAUCAAGUGAAAGUGCAGAGCUGAAGUCAAGGAAAAGACGUCAAUGUAACAAUGUAGUAAAAUGUCCGAUGCCAGAGAGUCAGUGUGAUACUGAUACUGAUGAAGACUCUAGUAAAUAUGACACUGGUGCAAAGUCUCAAAUGAAAAUACAUCACAGAACCCACACAGAUUUGUAUCCUCUGGGUCAUGUAGCGGACACGGCUUGGAUUCUUUGGAAUGCCAAGGCAGAGGCCAAACCAGAUAACAAAUCCUUAAUAUUUAGGGUGGACCUAAAGAGCCACAUAAAGCUGCCAUCAUGGACGAUACCAGGACAGAAACUUCCUCUUUCCCAGGAAAGAGACUCCAUUGUGUCAGAGGUGAAUUACAGCAGGACCGCUGUGAUUUCCCCUCACCAUUGACAGUCCUUUAAAAAAACUGUGUUACAUUCAUUUCUUUUGCAGCAAAGUGUGAAAUCUCAAACCUCCUGCGGUUGGAUGAAGCUUUUCUAAACUGACUGUACCUCUAGCAGCACAUAUAAGGGAACAAAAAAAGGGAAAGAGUAGCUGAUCAAAACAAUGUGAUGUGUACAAGUCUAAUAUUGCUUUUCAUUUGCUCUCUGAGACUAGCUGACAACAGCGUCCUACUAAAGUUGAUUCAGUUCAAAAAUAUUCACAGAAACAUCACUGUAGACAGUGUUGUCAUAUAAGAGAUUUUUAAAAUAGUUUUAACAAACAAAACUAUGAAAUCCAAUCACUGGAAACAGCAGAAACACGCGUUAUGAAAUUUACCAAACAGACCAACCUAUACAUAGCUAACAGAUGUAGCUAACAAACAUAGCUAACAGACAUAGCAAAUAGAUAUAGCUAACGGACAUACCUAAUAGAUGUAGCUAACGGAUAUAGCUAAUAAACAUAGCUAAUAGAUAUAGCUAAUGGAUAUAGCUAACGGACAUAGCUAACACAUACACACGCAGACGCAACAGGCGCGCGCGCUGGCUAACUGGACGACUCACAAGAACACAAAAACAAAAAGCCGAUCAAGAAAACAAAAAAUCAGCCAUCACGGAUCACUGCAAAAGAAAUAAUCAUAUCAUGGACUGGGACAGGGGGAGGAUUGUAACAUCGGAGACCAACAAACAUAAACGAUGGAUCAAGGAGACCAUCGAGAUCAGGAAGCAGGCGAGCUGCUCCAUGAACCGGGACGAGAAGCUACACCCUCUAAUACCUGGGACUCCAUCCUCCAGAGACCACCGGACGGCGGGGGGCGUGGCCUAUCUGACAGAUUCUGACAGAUCUGUCAGACCGGUCACAUGAUAAAAAAGGACACGUCAGCACACGCCAGAUGACGCUCUGAAGAAGACUGCAGUCGAAACAUGUCAGCUAAGGUGAAACCAUCUUUGAUUUGUCGGUGAAAAAGAAAUAACGUUGUCCUACUCUAAAUCUAGCCUCUCAAUGAAUUUUACCCAUGAUGCAUUGCAGAUCUACAGCAAUUUACUGUAAACAGGUUCUACAGUAGAUAUUUGGUCAUUUUACAGCAAUAUCAUUUCUAUCCACAGCUGUUUGACAAAUUGAGUUAAGAAUGCAGUUAAAAAGGUCUCAGAGCUUCUUUGAGAUUUCUGGGCUGUCUGUCACACACUGCUCUUUUAAGGUCUAUCCAUAGAUUUUCGAUGAUGUUGAAGUCAGGAGAUUGUGAAGGCCAUGGCAAAACCUUCAGUUUACACCUCUUGAUGUAAUCCACCACGGAUUUUGUAGUGUGUUUAGGAUCAUUAUCCAUUUGUAGAAGCCAUCCUCUCUUUAACUUCAGCUUUUUCACAGAUGGUGUUGAUUUGGCCUCUAGAUUCCCCAGAUCUCAAUCCAGCAUCUGUGGGAUGUGCUGGACAAAUAAGUCCGAUCCAUGGAGGCUCCACCUCACAACUUCCAGGACUUUAAGGACCUGCUACUGACAUCUUGGUCCAGAUACCACAGCACACCUUCAGGGGUCGAGUCGAUGCCUCGACAGGUCAGGGACCAACCAUUAGGCAGGUGGUCAUAAUGUUCUGCCUGGUUGUUGUAAAUAACACUUGGUUGAUUUAUAGUUGUUUAUGCAACUGAUCUCAGAAGCAGUUGAAGGAUUUGUGCAGCACAAACUAACUAAACACAAAUUCUGCUGCUGCUCGGUGUUUUUGGUUUGAAUAGUUGCCCUUUGGAGGAGAUUUAAGACGCCUCUGGCAAGAAACAAUAUUUACAAGAAGCCCUUCAUUUCCAAUGCAGCUGGGAUUUUAAACUGUUUUUCUGUGUUGCUUGCGUUCACUUUUAAUAGUGAUACUCUCUGUAGCUGCGUUUCGUUCAACAUAUCACAGCUGAGUGACAUGAGGCCACCAGAGGCAUCAUCCAAGGUCUCAGCGCUGUUUCCCAGAUGUGGUUUUGUUUUGGCCUUUUGCACUUGUGUGGCUCCAGCAGUGAAUAAACUUUCAACCUCCCUAGUCAGCUCUCUGUCCUUGAUGGCAGCCGACCUGAAUGCAGAAUGUCCUGUCUGGCUUUGGCCCAAUGCUGCUGAAGGUUUUUUGUUUUUUUGCUGAGAAGCAACAGAGUUUCCCACAGAAAUAAAUAACCGCACGUAUGAUAUUACAGAAUACAUGGAUGGUGCUUCCAUCUGUGACCUGUCCUCUGAGCUAUGCAGGAAAAUCUCACUGAAGCCAUAAAUCAAAGGGAACGUGCUCCAAGGUAGCAGAAAAUAAAGAGGAAAACACAGCGGGGUUUGUUUGCCAGUGAGUUUUUUAAAAGGAUAUAUUAAAAUGAACUGUAUGGCCUCUGGGCUCAAAUCAGCAGAACAAAACAACAGAAUAAAAACAGGACAAAUUGGAAAUGAGAUUCAUAAGUGCAGCGAGCUUUAUGGUAGAAGGUUGUUAAGCAGUUUCUUAAGCUGAGGUGAUGCCACUGUAGAGGCUAAUGUCAAAUUCAUAUUAGUAUGUGUUUAAAUUAAGUUUCUGCUCUCUUCACGGACACAAUUAUCCCUUUUUAUUGCUGUUCAACAUUGAAUCAGUUUAAUUAGGCUUUUUGACAAGAAUGUAUGGAAAAAAGGACUUUUGUAUCAAGCUGAAAACAUCUACAAAGUGAUGUUGAUUAUUUAAAAUGUAAAAAUAUAACAGAAAUAAUUUCUGAGUAUUCACCUUCUGUGACUCACCUAAUUUACCAAAAGUGCAGCUCAUUGGUGCUAGAAGUCACACAGUGAUAGAAAUAAUGAUGAUCUGAGUGCAGAGAAUGUGUCUCAGUAAUUGUAGUAUAAAGAAAUACACUUAGGAAAAAGCUCAUAUUAAAUCUAGAGUAGAAUUCACCAGAUAGCAAGCUGGAGACUCUGAAGUCAACUCGAGGGAGGUUCUUUGGAUUUGUGAGACCAAAAUAUAGCACCGCACACAAUCCCCAUUGUGAAGCAUGGUGGUGGCACCAUCAUGAUGUGAAGCAUGGAGGUGGCAGCAUCAUGGUGUGAAGCAUGGUGGUGGCAGCAUCAUGAUGUGAAGCAUGGUGGUGGCACCAUCAUGAUGUGAAGCAUGGAGGUGGCAGCAUCAUGGUGUGAAGCAUGGUGGUGGCAGCAUCAUGAAGUGAAGCACGGUGGUGGCAGCAUCAUGGUAUGAAGCACGGUGGUGGCAGCAUCAUGAUGUGAAGCACGGUGGUGGCAGCAUCAUGAUGUGAAGCACGGUGGUGGCAGCAUCAUGAUGUGAAGCACGGUGGUGGCAGCAUCAUGACGUGAAGCAUGGAGGUGGCAGCAUCAUGAUGUGGGGGUGUUUCUCAGCAGCAGGUCCUGGAAGGCUUGUAAAGGUAGGGGGUAAAAUGAAUGCAGCAAAGGCUUGAGAAAUCCUGAAGGAUGCAGUCUGCAAGAUGCAACAUUGCUUUCUAGAAAUCUGUUUUCACUUUAAUGUAAAAGAGUGUUUUUUUUUCUUAGCGAUAAAACCUGAUUAUUUUUUGACAUAUGCGAGCAAUGACAAGGUUUCACAAGCAGAUAAUAGCUUUUUUUUAAGGGGUCAGAAGCUGUGGAAUAGAAAUCAAGCCAGAAAUGUCCCAGUUUGAGAAACAGCGAUAAGAAGUUAAUAAUUAUCCUGACAAAACUUCUAUUAAAAGCUGCUGGUAUGUUUCCUUACUUACAGUCUGAGUGACUGAGGAUGUUACGUUGAAACAGAGUACAACUUGUAGACUGGAAGCAACCACUGUCAUCUCAGAUACAAAAUAUCAGAUUUAAAUAUGGCCAUAACUCAAAUGAUCUCUGUUUACAGACACAGACAAGAAGGUAAACUCUCUCAGUGCUCUCAGUCUGACAGCAGCAAGUCACUGUGCAAUUACUGGUCCAACUGUCAGGAGAAAUUGUUGGUUUUCAACAUUGAAAUCUUCAACUAUGUGUUUGUAUUGUGUUAUCAGCUCUUUAUACGAUGCAACCAUUUGUGCUAUAAUCCUCAAAGUGUUCAGUUUGUAUAAACCAGUCAUUAGAUUAAUAAUAAUGCUUAUUCACAGUGUGUUGAGCUCAUGAAAUCUGUCAUAUUUCCUGCUCUAAAAGCCCAACAUCUGAUAACUUUGUCCUGGUUAAGACUUUGUAUCUAAACUGAUGCGUUUCAUAUUUGAGAUAAAUAAACAACCCAGUAAUUUGCA